AACCAAAUGUCUUUGUUGGGUAGAAAGUGAAGUAUUACUUUUUGUGACUACAUUAAAAAUAAAAAAAAGAAAGAAAGAAAAGAUAUUCCAUUUUGCUUAAAAAUGUGAAAAUGAGAAAUCUAGACGAAUAAUAAAUAGGUGGUUUCUUUUUCCCCUUAAGGUUGGUUAAAAAGCAUUUUAUGUAGACUUUUUAAUAUAUAGUUGACUAGCUAUAGUAAUAUAUAUUCAUGAUGUAUGAACACAAAUCAAAGAACUAUAAAUAUAAGUCACGAAAAAGUUGCAAUAUAUCCCUAUAAAUAAUCAACCCAUCCACCUUAAAUUCUCCAAACCCCUCAAAAAAAAACCACCACCAAAAAAAAUGAAGCUAUUCAUUCAUCAUCUUUUCUUCAGUGCUAUUUUAGCCACAACUCUUGUGAUAUCCCAUGCCCAAGACAACCAAAAAGAGUUCCUAGACGUGCACAACGCGGCCCGUGCUGAGGUCGGGGUGCCACCCUUGAAAUGGAACCAAACACUAGCAUUAUACGCCCAAGAUUUCGCAAACAAAGUCAAGCAUACAUGCGAUAACACGAUGUCAUCAAAUGGACCUUACGGCGAGAACACGGCUUCUGGAUACGUGUUUACGACUACUGAUGCAGUCAAUCAAUGGAUUGGGGAGGAAACAAAUUAUGAUCAUAAUUUGAAUGUUUGUUUGAAUGGAAAAGAAUGUAAGCAUUAUAAACAAGUGGUAUGGAAGGAUAGCUUAUAUCUUGGGUGUGCUAAUAUAACUUGUGGUGCUGGUUGGCCUUUUGUUGUUUGUGAAUAUUAUCCUCCUGGUAAUGUUAAUGGUGCAAAGCCUUAUUAAUUUUGUACGUAGUAAUUAAAUUUGCUUAAUUAUUAUUAAUGUAAUUUUAAAUUAGGUACUAGAUUUGUAAUGUUGUUGAUCACCUCAAUAUUUCAUUAAUAUGGUAUGGGUUUCCAUGCAAUUUGAUGAAUUAAUGAGAUGAGAUAAUAAAAUUGGCUUUCAAAUUUCAUACAAUUUGAAUUCCGAAGUAUGGCGGUUGUGAUUUAAUAUAUCUGCAUGAAUGUCGUG